GUUCAAUCGCAGCCGCCCAUCGAAAGACGGCAACAGUUCUCUCACAACUUCAAGUCAGAACCGUAAUCACGUGGAGGAGAUAUCAUGUCUCACCAUGAUCAUUCAAACGAAAGCUCUGUCACGCCUCCCAAGGGACACGCAUGGAUCAACGAAGUGAAAGGGGCCUGGCGGACCUCUGAUAAGGCGAGGUACGACUAUUGCGUUCUGGAAAGCGAUCGCCAUAUUCGCCUGCUCCAUAUAACCAUCGACGAGCAUGUGCCGUUGCCGCGGCUGAAAAUCAUAAACGUACCGCUUGACUCUGCACCAGCUUUUGAAGCACUCUCGUACUGUUGGGGCGACGACACAAAACUAUACCAGAUUCCUAUCGAGACCGAUCAAGACUUCGACACGAGAUCUAUCCCUUCGACUGACAGCGUGGCAACAGCCAUGGUCUUCGUGCCACGUUCGUGCAGCACAAGAUACAUUUGGAUAGACCAGAUUUGCAUCAACCAAGAAGAUGACAAUGAAAAAGGACAACAGAUUGCCUUGAUGGGAGAGAUAUACAGUACAGCGACCCGAGUUCUGGUAUGGCUUGGUCCAGGCCUAGAUCUUGGCAGCGACAAAACGCAGACUUCUGUUUGCUCGGCAGGCCUACAACCUGUCAUCGUUGAUGACUUGAAUGCAGACCUGGAAGAACUUAUGGGAUCCGAUGGACUCCAUGCUCUAUUCAACAACAACUGGUUCCAGCGGGCCUGGGUGGUACAGGAGUCAUGUCUUGCAAGAGAAAAGCAAGUAUUGAUUGGUAAAUUUUCGAUCACGUGGUGGGGCUUGCUCCAACAAAUACAGCGGGUUGUAGAUACCAAGGAUGUUUCCAAGUGCAUGGAUGUUUCCAAGUUUAUGUUCCAUUUGCACACCUGUCCCGAAUGGGGGUAUUUCGAGGAGGUGGCAGAAAACAAUAAGCCUCGUGUAUUUUGUGGGUUCCUGGCAAGAUACAGUCAAAGGUUUAUGGCAAGCGAUCCGAAAGACAAAGUUCUUGCCUUUUUCGGUCUAUGGAAGCCGCCCAGUUUCGAUACCAAAGCCGCAACUCGAAGAGAAGAAACCACAGCAGAUGUCUACACAAGAUUUGCCACGUCUCUCAUCAAAGAUACCAAAGGUCUGGAUAUCUUAGCGGCGGUCGACCAUACACCAGGACAGCAUGAGAGAGACCCCACUAUAGUGCCUUCCUGGGUACCACAGUGGGGAUAUACCGGGGACUUGUGGCAGUCUCCCCUUUUCCAGUUCCAGUCACAGGGGACAAACCUUGCCUAUGAGUGGAACACAUCGCGUUCGAGGAACCACCAAUAUCGAUUUAACUCGCCAACUGCAAAAGAACUGCACACGCUCGGCCGAAUUCUCUGGAAGAUCGGCUGUGUGGCUCAUCGAAUCAUGGGUGCGCCUCCUGAUCCAGACAAUUUGGAAAAGACCAAAAGGAUACUCGGACUACACUCCGGUGCGCGAGGAAUCACAGUUUCGGACGCGCUAAGGAUACUGUUUCUCUGCAAGGGAUUAAAGAGAACAGUCAAAUUCACCGACUUUGAGCCAGGACUGAGAGGACCUCGAGGUAUUGGGAUCCUUCGUACAUGUUUCCCCGAGGCCAAAACAGGGUCGGGGGCGAGACAUCAAAUCGAAGGGCUGCCUGAAUAUGACGGGGUCCCUGCAUAUGACGGGAGCCCUGAAUCAGAGAACGCGCCUUCGGACUCACAGGAACAUUCAUACGAAUGUGAAAUAGAUGACCCUGAGUCGCUUGGGUUUGCCUGUCUUCAUGCAUUUUAUAACGCGACACGGAAGCGAUUUUUCAAUACUCAAUGGUCCUGUAACGCGAAUGUCGAAGGAGUUGACGGUCCAGUCGGCCUCGGUCCUGGUUGCAUCGAGAUGGGUGAUGAAAUUGCGAUCCUGCACGGCGCAGAUUUCCCCGUUGUCUUGCGCAAGCUCGAAGGCAGGGAGCAGAGGUAUCAAUUCGUCGGUGAUUGUUAUCUCGAUGGUGUCAUGUUUGGAGAGGCGGUAGAUUGGGAGGAGAAAGACGCUGAUGAUAUUAUUAUUGUGUAA